UGCACUGACUCAGUGCGUCAGUUUGAUUUGUUGGGUUACGUAUUCCAAAUAAGGCGAUGGAAAUGACGGAUGAUCCUCUAGUUCUAGUUUUCAAAGCCUUGGACACGGAAAAUAAGGGAUAUAUUACUGUGGAGCAAUUCGUAUCAACUUUUAAAGAAUUUUAUAAUUCAUGUGGAGCUGAUGGAGAAAGGCGAUCAUCACUUUCUUCGAACGAUAUCAUGAAAGUAGUGCAGACUUUAGAUCCAGAAAAUGACGGAAUUAUACAUUAUGAAGAUUUUAAGAAGGCUUUUGAGGGAAACAUAAACUUUGAUGAAGACAGUACAUCAAAGCACUCAAAUUCCCUAUCUAGGAAUUCAGAUGGGCAAAACGCAUCUGUAAGGUCGAGCUUCCUUUCAGACGGUUUGGAGAACAAGACUGAUGAUAGUGGUGUGCAUAUGCACGAUCCAACUUUAUUUGAUAUUGACACUGACUCUGCCUUAAGCGCCGAUGGACCAAACAAUGCAAAUCCCUUAUCAAGUCUACAUCAUGGUCCAGAUUCUCCAGCGAGCGCUUCACAAUCGGAUAUAUUACUCGGUGAUAUGGAGUCUAAUUUUGAAUUGAUUCGAGAUCAAAUGCGCCGAAUGGAAGAACGUGUAGAAGGUCUAAAAAUCAACAGAAAUACUGAAAGUGAAACGCGCUUAGAUCGUUUACGUGAAGAGAAUGCUCGUUUAACUGCACAAAUCACUGUUUUAGAAGAACGUCUUAAAGAGGCUGAUGCAAGGUCGAGCCGUGCAUUAGAAGCUGAACGACAGCAUAUGCAAUCAAUUUUGUCACGCUCUUCGCGAGAACAUACUCAAGAAUCAGAAACGUUACGUGCUCGGAUUAUUUCUUUAGAAAGUGAAUGUUCCGAAUUACGUGUUCAGUCAGCUCGUAUCAAAGCAGACAACCAAACGUAUAUUAUUGAUCUUCGAAGAACCAAUGAACAAUUAACUGAAUCACAAGAACAAGCACGUAGUUUUCAAGAAGAAUUAAAAUCAUUAACGACUAAACAUACUAGAGAAAUGGAAGUUCUUCGAAAAGAUCGUGAUCAUGCGGUACAUGUAUUAGAAGAGCUGAAUGGUUCUAUGGGUGGUAAACGAAGAAGUCGAGUCGGUUCAGGUUCGGGUACACUUACAGCAGCCGCAGCUAGCACUGGUUCAACUGAAGUGUUAGCACGUUAUCAAGAGGUUCAAGAAAUUGUUCGUCGACUAACUGCUGAAAAUAAAAUAUUACGACAACAAGUGGAAGAAGCUCAAGAAGAAUUACUUACACAAUCACUUCAACAAGGUCAAAGCUUAAUACGUUCAUCAGAGAAAAGUUGGGCUUCUGAAAUAGAUAAUUGUACUAAAGAAGAGGUUGUCGAAUUAUUAUCCAAAGAGAAAUAUGCAAAUGAACAACUGCGUAAAUAUAUUGACGAUUUAAUUACACGAAUUAUUGAGCGACAUCCAUCAUUGUUGGAGAUUGCAAGUGGAGGGGGUGGAUCAUAGAUUCAUGCUGUCUAUGAGUGUUUGCCGGUCCAUCCAACUAACUAACUGAUUUACUUAUUACUUGGAUAAAACUAUACAUAUACAACUUUGUAAAAGAGAUAUUUUCUAUUUACUUAUAUAUAUAUAUAUAUAUAUAUAUAUAUAUAUAUAUAUAUAUAUAUAUAUAUAUAUAUAUAUACUUAUCUAUAAAUUUUAUUUUCAAUAGACUACUAAUAACACCGAAAAUACAUAUCAUCAAUUUUUUUUCUAUCAUAAACAAAGCAUACUGAUAACAAGUACAUAACCAUAUAUGUUGUGAAGGAAGUGUUUUUAUAUUUCUUUGUUCAUUCGAUUGUGAAACUCCUUUGUCUUUCGUGUCUCUCAUUUUGUUAUUAUUAUUUUCGUUCAACUAUUUGUCAUGUAUGUUCUCUCUUUUGUUUGAAAAAUGAAAUCAUCAUCAUUAUUAUGUCAAGCGUAACCAGAACAUAGUGACAGUUAAUUGCACAUAUUAUCAUUAAUAUUCCUACUAAUAAGCUGUUUUUAGAUUGUUGAAUAUGUUUUCACUAAGUGUGAAAUGAAAUCUAGUGAUGCAAGCACUAUAAAAUUGCUUGUUCAUCCUUACAUUUUAUGCCAGAUUAACACGUAAAUAUUAUCAGGAUAAUGUAAACAUUCUGUGAUUAUUUAAAGUGUUUAUGAUUUUUUAAGUUUUUUUCUCUGUACUACUACUACUACUACUACUACUACUACUACUACUACUACUACUACUACUACUACUACUGUGUUUCAUUGUUAUAUGCCUUUUUGUUCAACCAUCAGUACUAAUGUUAAUAAAAUAAAGUUGGUCUCUUUCUUGGAAUUAUUUUUGCUCAAAAACAAAUAGUUUAUUUCAUUCCCAUGUCUUUGUUUUGCUGAACCCUAAUUGAUUUGAAGUAACAUGAUCAUAUUUCAUUCGACCAUCUAUAAUUUCUAGUCUUGUUUCCUGCGUGACAUUUUGUGUGACGAUUGUAGGAGAGUGAGAGAAGGGUGCUUCAUUUCUUACGUUCAUGGAAUUAUAGAAAAUACUUUGUUUUUGCUUUUUUGAUUUUGGGAUCACCAUUCAUUAACAUACUACUACCAAUGCUAUUAAUACUAUGCCUUUUUUCAUGAAAACUUCCAUUUAUUGUUGAACUUAUUACGAUGAUGAAAUCAUACUUAGUCCUUUGCCAAUUUUACUUUUGUACUGUUCUUAUUUCUUGUUGGUAUCGAUUUUCUUACCUUCAUAGUCAUACAUAGCCAUGGAAAUGCUUCAAACGUAAUCUGUUAACUGAAUCCUUGUUUUUUUUUUUAAAAAAAAGAUAUAAUAUAUGUACACAUAUAUCAUAGUGUAUUUUUACUCUGCCUUUACCUUCCUCUUUUUAUAUUCAUUUAAUCUAACUGGGAUGUUGUCUCUCGUCUGUUUCCUUGAUAAAUUCGAUGCUUUUUUAGUUUACUUACUGACUUCUAUGUUGUUUUCAAUAUUAUUCAAUUUUAAGCAUACAUACCUUGUAAAGAACUAGUGAUUAGUUGCUUGUUUUUCAUCGGUUGUCUGUUUUUUAAAUCCAAUUUAUUUAGGUAUGUUGAUGUGAACAGAAGUAAGCAUCAAAUUAAUGCUCUAUAAUAUUUCUAAACAUUAUUAAAGACCUGUAUACAUCAGAUAACAACAGCUGACGGACGGAUUUGUGUCACGUUCAUUACCCAAAAUACACAUUUCCGAUUUUUUUGUUUUGAUAAAUAUCAGCAUCAACUCAACGUUUACUAUUAUUAGUAGUAAUAUCUGCUGUUAUGCAGCAUAUAAACAUAAGAACUACUCUAUUGUGUAUUACUGUUACUAUUGUUAUUUCUUUUACACACAUAUUCAUCAUUCUUUUGUAUAGAUAACUAUUUGUUUGUGACGUUUUUUCAUUACCGGAUUUACUACUAUUAUAGAGACGAUCUUGUUGAUCACGAGGUUGUAAACACCAGUUUAAGUUGUUUACUUUUCAUCGAAUUAGCAAAAUACUCAAUAUUUUCAUUCGAUCGGUCUAAUAUUUUUUCGUUAUUAAUCUUUUCCCCACCUUUGUUGACAAAUGUUCUAUUUUUUUUAAAUAAUAGAUUCACAUAUAAACAAACAAAUAUAUAUGGUUUAUUAUU